GGCGGCGCGCACGCGCGGGGAACAUGGCGGCGGCGGAGCCCUCGGUGGCCGCGCUGGCGGGCGGCGGUGUGGGCGCGGGGGCGCCGUCGGGCGGCGUGCCGGUGCUCUUCUGCUUCUCGGUGUUCGCGCGGCCCGCGUCGGUGCCCCACGGCGCGGGCUACGACGUGCUCAUCCAGAAGUUCCUGAGCCUGUACGGCGAUCAGCUCGACAUGCACCGCAAAUUCGUGGUGCAGCUCUUCGCCGAGGAGUGGGGUCAGUACGUGGACCUGCCCAAGGGCUUCGCGGUGAGCGAGCGCUGCAAGCUGCGCCUGGUACCGCUGCAGAUCCAGCUUACGACCCUGGGAAAUCUCACACCUCCGAGCACUGUGUUUUUCUGCUGUGACAUGCAGGAAAGGUUCCGUCCAGCCAUCAAGUACUUUGGGGACAUCAUUAGUGUGGGACAGAGACUGUUGCAAGGAGCUCGGAUAUUAGGGAUUCCAGUUAUCAUAACGGAACAAUACCCCAAAGGACUUGGCAGCACCGUUCAAGAAAUCGACCUAACAGGUGUGAAACUGGUUCUUCCAAAGACCAAGUUUUCUAUGGUGUUACCUGAAGUCGAAGCUGCGUUAGCUGAGAUUCCUGGCGUCCGGAGUGUCGUGUUGUUUGGAGUAGAAACGCACGUGUGUAUCCAGCAAACUGCCCUGGAGCUGGUCGGCCGAGGCAUCGAGGUUCACAUCGUGGCGGACGCCACCUCCUCGAGAAGCAUGAUGGACAGGAUGUUUGCUCUUGAGCGUCUCGCUCGCACUGGGAUCAUCGUGACCACUAGUGAGGCUGUCCUCCUACAGCUGGUGGCUGACAAAGACCACCCGAAGUUCAAGGAAAUUCAGAACCUAAUUAAGGCGAGUGCCCCGGAGUCCGGUCUGCUUUCUAAAGUAUAGGAGACAUGAAGGAUCAGGGUCUUCCUUCCCUCCAGGCAAUGGGACUGCGAACCACACAAGCCCUGUCUCCACUAGAACUACCAUGUUAAGUCAACAGCUCCUCCUUUGCGGCUCUUAGUAACCCUUACCUGGCUAGACCGUCGUGUACAAGCGUUUAGUUCCAAUGUCGAGGCUUGAGGUGCUGCUUCUCUUCUCUGUUUUCCUAACGAGCUUUUAGUUAUUAAGACAAAUUACCAUGGAGGUGCCUGUCUCGUCUAUACUGUAUACUCUGACCAUAUCUUUCCAAAGUGCACCCUCUGGUGAAGUAUUCUUAAAUUGUGCACUUUAAUGGGAAAAAAAAAGAAAAAAAAACAAAAACAAAAACCACGUACCACAAUGAUUUGACUUUUCUAUUGUUGUGACACAUCCCUUGUCAUGUCAGUGUAUACCCAGUGAUUUCCCUUCCCAGGCUGACUGGCCAAUGACUCCUGGAUGAGAACUGAGAACCAGGACUCUGGCUUGUGUAUCUACUCCUCUCACAGUGUUGGAGUCGCUGACUGAGUGAGGUGCAUUGACUUAAGGAGAGCAAAUUAUCUCAAAUAUUGUGUAUCUGUCUUGAUUGCAUUAAUUUUCUUAUUCCUGUUACUGUCUUUGUGGAUGCUCUUCCUAUGAAUAGCGGUCUAUGUUAACAUUUUUCUUCCACUGAAUGUUUUCCUUGCUCCUUGGUUAUUUUAAACUUGUAAACAGAUGGGAGUGGUUUGCAGUGCUGGGUCAUUGACAGAGGUAUGCCCUAACAUACAGUCUUUUUGAGUGCAUCUUUUACUAUACACAGGAGUUGGUGGAGAAAGAAACACUAGGUAAAAUGUAGUUUCAAAUGCCCGUAUUCCCCUCCAAACAUUGUUAUGGCUGACAUCAUCAACCAGACUCAUAGGGGUAAUACUGUGGUCAUUGUUAACCAAUCAAUAAACUUAUUUCCAUUUCAUACUGAUAAUUACUCAAACAUCUUUUUAAUGUAUGUUGUGAUAUGUGGAACAUUACUCUUUGUAUAAAAUUAAAGAAAAUGUAUUAUGUGGGUGAAAUUGUUUUGUUUUCCAUGACUCCAUUAGUAUUAGUCAAUGAAUUGUAAUGAGUUUUCAGAGGUAACAGAUUUGCUGAUUAUAAGCUUAAAAUCAUUGGAACAUUCAAAGGAGGGGAAUCCUCUGCAGGCCCAGACUGAUAGCGUUCCUGCAGGGUUUUCCUGUUAGCACUGUAGGAAUAUUUGAGCCUUGGUAAGGCAUCAUUGCCUAGUGUUCUUCUUGGUGUGCUCAGUUCUCAGCCUCUGGGCUGUGACCACAGAUAUAUCACAUAUAAAAUGUAUCACAUAUCAGAUAUUUGCAUUAAGAUUCAUGACAGUAGCAAAAUUACAGUUAUGAAGUAGCAACAAAAAUAAUUUUAUGGUUAGGGAGUCACCACAACACGAGGAACAGAAUUAAAGGGUUGCAGCAUUAGGAAGGUGGAGAGCUACUGCUUAGAAGAUGAGUCCAGAAAGAAGCAUCAUGUUGUUAUCCACAAUUUAAAAUAAUUUCUAAUAAAUGUAAGCUAGUGUUUUUCAAACUUUUAUUAUCUGGAGUGCUUGCUAAAAUAUUGGUUCUAGCUUCUUCCUCUCCCUUCAUUAAAAAUAAAAAGGUAUUACCACUGGCAAUGCAAGGAAUUAAUGUAGGAAGGUUUCCCUCCUUUGUACCCAUGCCUCUUCCACAGCUGAAGCCAUCUCUGGCCUCAGAUUAGUGUCUUCUGGCUGCCCGAACAAAACUCCUUAGACACCAUGUCUCAAGACAACAGACUGUUUCAUCUCAAUUCUGUAGGGUUCUAGGGCUUUCUGUGCUGAGAUCAAAGCUUGUAUUGCAAGGCUAUGAUCUUUUCUGGGGCCCUGUAUAAGGGAUGACUUAUAUCCUGCAGUUCUCUGGUUCUAGAAUCUGCUCCUGUGGGACUUUUUGUUUGUUUGGUUUUGGUUUAUUUGUUUGUUUUGUCCCAUUACUUCCAUCUUCUCAGGCAACAAGUGCGGGUCCUUAGGUCUCUUCUGACACCCGUCUUCUGCCUGGCCUAAGAUCUCAUGUGAUUUAAGGUUUCUAAUUAGCAACCGUAUUCCACCUGCAGCCUUAACACCCUUUGGCCAUGUAUCUCUGUUCCAGGAUCUAGGGAUUAAGGCAUGGGCAUCUUCACACAGACACUAGCUAGUAAGUGUGAAUUGAAUUAAAUUGUAUCAGGUCCAGGAAUGUAAAUACAUGGAUGCUCAGAAUAAUUGUGAACUCUGCCUUCUUUUUUCUGUUUUGUGAACCAUGGCAAGAAGGUGGCAAGGCUUUUACGCUAUGAUUAUUGGAAAACUGAACUGAUUGUAAUACUUUGAAGUGGAAGUGUCCGUGACUUUAUAGGAUAAUGAAAUUCCUUUCGUUGACAUAAAUAAAGAACUUCAGAAUGUAAA